UGUGUCUUUAGAAGGACUGUUUCCGUCAUUAGCUCAGCGUUGUGUAGAUGAUGGCAAGCGCAAAAGCAAGGCGUAUUUCAAAAGCUAGGAAAUUUCUUCAAGGCGAAGAAGUUCAUCUGAUUUUGAACGAAGAGAAUUCCCUUAAAAACCUCCUUUCUACUUUCCCUAUCGAUGAUGAUUUGAAGAAGAAGAUUUCCAAGGAUCCCAACUCUAUUCAAGCGUUGAAAUCAUUGGAUGAGUAUAGCAAGGGAGUGUGUCAGAUAAUUGUAACGUCGCCUGACUCAAACCACUCGCAUUGUGGCAAUGGAUUUUUCAUCGGCGAUGGAUGGGUUCUUACCACUGCAAACAUCGUACGCAACCGAAAUCAAGUCAAUCACGCAAGGUUUACGUUCACCUCUAAUGAYGAAACGUUCACUUUUGAAGCAAGAGAACGUAGAGCGUUCGUCUACCGCACGUUACAACCAGGUCGACGACCGGACUAUCACAAUCGAGACAUAACCCUCAUCAAACUGGGUGUGCAGUUUUCAUUCAGACAAGAUGUUGCUCCGUGGGAGAGAGACGAACAAGCUCUGUUAGCUGCCCAUCCGCCAUUCAGCUUUCAAAACCUCAGCAAACAAGGUUUUCUUCCACCUUCAAGUAGCAAUUCUGUGCAAAGUGAUGACACCUUGUGCACUGUGUACCAUGGAGAACAUGACAAGCACUUUCAUGUAGGUUUUCAAGCUUCACAACCUUACAAAGUUUUUGAACCAGCUGGAGUACUAGUCUAUGAGUUUUAUGGAGGGUUCAAUGCCGAGGCGUCUGGAUGUCCAGUUUUUGUGUUCAAAAAUGGCCAGUGUUUCUUUCUUGGUGUUUUUGUUCCUGGUCCGUCAAGCAAGUCAACGGGCUGCAAGGCCUUCACGUAUAAUGGUCAGGCUCUCGUGUGGGAUGAGGAGUUUCUUACUCACAUCAGUGCUGGGAUAAAAGCAGUUGACAAGAUGUCGAAUAUUAAGUCGUAUAGUUUAGCGAUUCCCUUUGAUGAAAGAAAGAAAUUGCUUAAUGAACGAACUGUUUACCAGGCUGCAGAGCUUGCUCUUAAUCAUCGUGUACUAAUCCUUUAGGAAGCAACCCUGAUGAAAACUAAACAUUUCAUUAUUCUUUGACAGAAAAACUGUUUAGUUUCUUCGCAAGUGUGGGACAAAUGAAAUGAAAUGAGAAAACAAGGACUGAUUCCCAAAUAAAUGAGCCAUUCAGUACAAGGACAUUAAAUGAAGACAUUAUAUACAAUCUGUCCGAUGGAAAUUCUAUUCUCAGGUCUGUUGUUUUAUAUUUGUUGUACAAUAACAAAGAUGUGAUGAACAUUAAUUUCAGAUUAUAUCAUAUAAUARCAAUAAAAGUCUAUGAGAAACAUGA